AUGGCUACUCAAGCUCUUCCAUCACAUCCGGGCCCAGAACAUUUGGUUACCGUGAAAGUCCUUUUUAAUGACAGUAAUCGUCGCUUUAAGCUGCCUUUGAAAGAUCUUCGGGCCCAGGUGCUUCCCCAGAAGCUUCGCACUUUGCUUGGCGUUCCGGCGGAUGUUAACGUCAUCCUUGAACGCUAUUCCGACAGCGCCGGCUCCUACAUUCGCCUGGACAGUGAUAACGCAUCAGUCUACAAACAACUGCACCGGGCAGCGAAGGCAAAAUCAAAGCUUCGAAUUAAAGCUAGCGCCGUUGAUUCGUCGGUGCCUGCACCUUCAGAUAUCACUCUUCCAGCUGAGCAACUGAGUCAGAGUCUUCCAAGAUACAGCUACCUGGAAACCGUCCUUAGUCCUCCCAUCGCUGUGGCUGCUGGUGAAACUCAUUCUACCCCCACUGAUCAAAAUCCUGCGAACUCUGGUGGCUCUCUCACUUCCAACUUUUUACUCUCCCAAAGCAAAGUCUCCGAGGUGACUCCCGAGUCUCGUCACCGCGAUUUCCAAAUGGAGUCCGACACCUUCAACUUCCCCGUCAUUUCCCACAGAUCGCCCAGUGGCUCACCCAGUGGAGUGUUUUGCAUCGAUUGCAACCACUGCAGUCGCUCAGUUCCAAAUGAGCACUACCACUGCAGCAUUUGCGAGCACGGCGACUAUGAUCUAUGCCUGCAGUGUGUGAAAGAUGGCGUUUCAUGUCUUGGAGAGGGCCAUUGGCUCAUCAAGCGCACCGUAGAGAACGGCAUCGUCAUUAACAGCAGCACUGAAAAAAUCCCCCCUCGUCCCGCAAAGAUCGAGGAGACCAAGCCACUCAAAGCCCAGUGGGGACAAGAAUUUAGGGCCAGGCUAGCGCAGGCACCAAUUGCCAACCCUUUGUCUGCCCCUGUCCCCACCAACGUGUCUCACACGGAUGUGGCUAUCCAAGGCGAGGAUAAACCCAUGUGCAAUGGAUGCUGUCGUGAAUCUGAUGAGAGCAACUUGGUGCGUUGCAAUGAAUGUGAAGAUUAUGACCUGUGUCUUCGCUGCCUCUUGCGAAACAAGCAUGGCCACCACCCUGCCCAUACAUUCUUCCUUGGAUCGGAUCGUAACUACUGCUUGAAGAACUUGAUUCUAUCUCGAUGUCUCCCCGGACGUCAAUACAAGCAUGCGGCCCUCUGUGAUGGAUGCGACAAGACCAUUAUCGGCACUCGCCACAAGUGCCUCUCUUGCCCUGAUUGGGACUACUGCCCAGAUUGCAUAAACAAUGCUGCUCAGAGCCAUCCUGGCCAUCGCUUCGCACCCAUCUACGAAGCCAUUGGAGAUCAGCCUACCGGUGACAUCGAAGUUCACUUUGGUAUCUUCUGUGAUGGGCCACUAUGUAAGAACAAGGCUAAUCAAACCUACAUCACUGGGGUCCGCUACAAGUGCGCUGUCUGUGAUGAUGUGGACUUCUGCGCCAACUGUGAAGCUCUUCCAACCCACAGUCACAACCGAACUCACCCCUUGGUCAAGUUCAGGACUCCUGUUCGUGCUGUGUCUGUUCGCACUUUCACAGAUGAUGUUUCCAAUGGUGAUACCGCUCUCGGUGAUCAGACACUCACCGAUGCUCCCAUGGAACCUACAGCUUUCGCUCCUCGGGGCAUUGAGAUUCCCGAGGAGAAGCAGCCCAUGGUGAAACAGGUACCUGUUGAAGUUGAAGCCCCUAAGAACGAGUCGCUUAACACUACCGAUGAGGACGAAUUCCAGGCCUUGUUCGUGCGUGAUGCCAUUGCUGAUGGCACUAAGAUGUCUCCCAACACAACUUUUUGUCAGACAUGGACUCUUUCCAACCCAGGGCCUCGGUCUUGGCCCGCGGGCUGUGAUGUUCGUUUCAUUGGCGGUGACGCCAUGUUCAAUGUUGACUCGGAUCAUCCCUCAAGCGUUCAAACCAUUCACUCAGCUAUGGAAAGCAACAAAUUGACAGCUCCUGUCCAUCCCGGUAGCACUGCUGACUUCUCAGUGAACCUGCGUACUCCGGCCCGUGAAGGUACUGCCAUCUCAUACUGGCGCCUAAAGCUACCCAAUGGUACCCCUAUCGGCCACCGCCUCUGGUGUGAUGUCCAAGUCCAGACAGUUCCGUUCACUGAGCCCGCUGAGGUGGAAGAUUCCGCUAAGCCUGAGGUCCCUGCCACUGAAUCCACGGAGGCGGCCACCGGCAGUCGUAUGAUCUUCCCCAAGCUGGAGAAGGAGUCUCCCGAGACCAGUACUCAUGAAGCUAUGGCCAACUUCCAUCAAGCUUUCACCAUUUCCACUGCUUCCGAGGGAGAUGUCCUGGAGGAUGUUGAGAGCCUGACUCUGGAUGAAACCGAUUCUGACUCCGGUUUCCUCACAGACGAGGAGUAUGAUGUCCUCGAUGCAAGCGACCAGGAGUUCCUGGAGGCGAAACAGUCUAUGCACUAG